AUGGGGCCCUUAAAGACAUUACUGGCCUUGGCUGGCUCAGGCUUGACGCAACUAGCUUUUGCUAAGUUGGUUCAAUUUGAUCUAGACCUUACCUGGGAAAAAGGUGCACCGGAUGGCAAUGUUCGGGAAAUGGUUUUCAUGAACGGCCAAUUUCCAGGUCCUGAGUUACGAUUAGACCAAGGUGAUGAUGUUGAGGUCACUGUUCACAAUCGCCUACCUUUUAAUACAUCCGUUCAUUUCCACGGAAUCGAACAAUUCAAUACUCCAUGGUCCGAUGGAGUCCCAGGAUUGACCCAAAAGCCCAUUGAGCCCGGUCGCAAUUGGACCUAUCGAUGGAAGGCCACCCAGUAUGGAACAUAUUGGUACCAUUCUCAUGCCCUGGGGGAGAUGAUGAAUGGUCUCUAUGGCCCGAUCUCGAUCAAUCCGGCACCUGAGACACCGCAGCCUUUCCAUCUUAUCUCAAGCAACCCGGCCGACAUCGAAGCAAUGCAACGGGCAGAGAAGGAUCCACAGCUGAUCAUGUUGUCUGAUUGGGAUCAUUUGACCUUUGAUCAAUAUCAGAAGCUGCAGGUGGAUAGUCAUAUGGAAGUUUUCUGUAUGGACAGUGUUCUCAUCAACGGCCGUGGCGCAGUUUACUGCCCCGGGGGCGAGAACAUCUCCAACGUUGAGCUCAGUUACGUGAAAACUGCUAUGGACAACACACCUUUGACGGAUAAAGGAUGCUUGCCAAACAUCUACAAGGUGCAGGGUAACUUCCCUCCUUACGACGAGACAAAGAUUCCUCAGGGUGUCAACUGGGGCUGCCAACCCACCACUGGAAACCAUGAAAUUAUCGAGGUAGAUGGCAAUGCUGGUUGGGUGAGCUUGAAAUUCAUCAGUGCCGCUGCUUUGAAGGCCCUCAUCUUCUCUAUCGAUGAACACCCGAUGUACAUUUACGAAGUGGACGGCAGCUAUGUGGAGCCCAUGCUUGUUGAGGCCUCUAGCAUCUACACCGGCGAACGAUACGCAGCGAUGAUCAAGCUGGACAAGCCUUGGAAAGACUAUACCAUUCGAGUACCGGAUACCCAGGGCGAUCAGAUCAUUUCCGGUUUUGCUACCAUGCGCUACAAGGGCUCCACCAACCGGGACGCAUCGCAUCCCUACGUCAAUUACGGUGGAACUAAUACAUCUGCCUCCGUUGUGUAUAUGGACAACCGGGCAAUCCACCCGUACCCUGCUGUUACUAUCCCUGCCAAAGCCGACCAGUUUGUUAACCUGACCCUUGGUCGCUCAGGCGCGUCCUACACAUUUACUAUUACUGGUGGUCACCUUUGGAACGAGAUGGUUAACCUGGAUGACCCAAUUCUUUAUGAUCUCCAAGCCAAGAAUAACCUAGCACCUGAGCUUGUCGUCGAAACCAAGAAUGGCACCUGGGUCGAUAUCCUUCUGCAGCUCGGUCAUUUCCCUAACACCGCUGACGUGACUGGUGCUCAUGUCAUUCAUAAGCACUCUAACAAAGCUUUCAUCCUUGGUGCCGGUCCCGGAUUCUUCAACUGGGCCAACACCGAAGAAGCAGUUUCUGAGCAUCCUGAGUAUUUCGAGCUGCAGAACCCUUCAAUGCGAGACACCUUUGUUACCCUCGGCAACCGCGGCUCGACAUGGAUGGUAAUCCGUUAUCAAGUGAUUAAUCCUGGGCCGUUCAUUUUCCACUGUCACCUUGAGACACACAUGGCAAACGGCAUGGCUGUUGCUAUACUCGAUGGCGUGGAUGCCUGGCCUCAGGUCCCCGCUGGUGAGGACCAAAGUCCCAACCCCAUACAAGUCUCUACUCCAAGCAGCACUCCCCGUUCCCAAACGAAGACUCCAUAUGCGAAACCAUCCUCCACACCUGUUACCAAGCCAUCCACUUUCAGCUCCCAGCCGCAGCCUAACACACCUAACGCUCAAACUCAUACUCCUUACCCUUGGCUGUAUGCACCCAGCGUUCAGCCGUCUGCACCCCCUUCUCAGACUACCCCCAGUCCUCAGUCGUACACACCUAGUGCGCAGACUCCUGCCCCUCAGUCCGAGACUUUGGAUCCAUACCUGGAGCCCCCAUCGUCGGCAUGGCUUUCAAGACACGGCAAGGAUCGCCGUGCUACCGAGAAUAUGGAACAAUCCGAAGGCGAGGAAGCAGAAAAGCGACACAAGGCCUAUCCUCAUGAAGUUACCCUGAUUGAGGAAAAGACAAUUCACAAGAAGUUGGCGGGAAAGCCUCAAUGA